AGUUUAUAAAAAAUCUGUUUAGAGUUAUCUGUAAUGUGGGUUGCAUAUAAAUAUUGGUUACUAUUCCCAAUCCAGUGUUACCACAUUUAGGGAGAACGAAAUCUCCACGACGUUGUUUCUUUUCAAACGUCAAGUUUCAGAAGGAAACAUGGGUAAGGUAAAGUGCUCCGAAUUGAGAACAAAAGACAAAAAAGAGCUGACCAAACAGCUCGAUGAACUCAAAACAGAGCUGACCAGCCUUAGGGUGGCUAAGGUCACCGGAGGAGCCCCAUCCAAGCUUUCCAAAAUCCGUGUUGUAAGGAAAGCCAUUGCACGUGUGUACAUUGUUAUGCACCAAAAGCAAAAGGAGAACCUUCGUAAAUUGUACAAAAACAAGAAAUACAAGCCCCUGGACUUGAGACCCAAGAAGACUCGCGCUCUCAGACGUGCUCUGACGAAACACGAACAGAGGAUCAAGACGCCCAAGGAAAUCAGGAAGGGUUCAAUCUUCCCACCAAGGAAGUACGCUCUUAAGGCAUAAUUUUUAUGUUAAUAUAAUAAAUAUUUCUUAAGAAGCAA